AUGGAUGUCGUAUUAGGAAUCAGAUUAAAAGAUUGUACACUUAUAGCUACUUCAAAAUCAGUCACUAGAGGGAUUUCAGUAUUAAAGGAAGAUGAUGAUAAAACAAGAAUAUUAAACGAACAUAACUUAAUUGCAUUCACCGGAGAAGCUGGUGAUACUGUUCAAUUUGCCGAAUAUAUCCAAGCUAACAUUCAAUUAUAUUCAAUGAGAGAAAAUGAUAUCGAAUUAUCACCAAAGGCAACUGCAUCAUUUGUAAGAAAUCAAUUAGCCACAUCAUUAAGAACUCGUAAACCAUAUCAAGUCAAUGUGUUAAUUGGAGGUUUCGAUACGAAAACCGGUAAACCAACUUUGAAUUAUAUUGAUUAUAUCGGUACUCAAGCUAUAUUACCAUACGCAGCCCAUGGAUAUGCAGCAUUUUAUUGUAUGUCAUUAUUAGAUAAACACUACAGACCAGAGAUGGAAUUGAAUGACGGUUUAAAAUUAUUGGAAAUGAGUAUUAAAGAAUUACAAACAAGAAUGCCAAUGGAUUUCAAAGGUGUUAUUGUUAAGGUUAUUGAUAAAGAAGGUAUCCGUAAAAUUGAUGUGUAG